AUGAGUAGCUAUUUGGAAAAGGUAGAAAAGAUAAUAGGAGACUUUGAAGGUGAGGACAAGGAGAUGCUUAUUAAGUACUACAUUGAGAAAUCCAAAAGCAUUCUUCUGGAUGAAAGAGAGGUCAAACGAUCUAAGUUUGAUCUUUUAAGCGAUUUAUGUGCUGUAGGUGGGGAAGGAACCGAUAAUAUAAUGAAUGAUGUUCUAGACCAUAAGAUACUCCAAAUAAGAGCCUUGAUACUCGACUUGGUGGAUGACGACUAUACAAGCGACCGUAAGGUUAUCGGAAGACCCGAAAAAUGGAUUAAACAAAUAACAAGAGAUGCAGAAGAAACAUUUAAUUUCGAUGAUGAAUUUGGAAAAGAGGUGUUUUCCAUUUACAACAGAAAAUUGCUUUCUGAGUUCUGUAAAAUUUUCAUCUCAGAAAACCGCAAGUUUGGAGCAAGCGGAAACCAGUUGUUGCUUAACUUUUGCUAUUAUGAAAGAUUUGUGAGAAGUAAAAUGGAGUUUAACUUCCAAGGGUUUUUCAACAAGAUAACUUCUUUUUUUAAAGGCCAUUGUUACAAGUCCAAGGAAGAGUUAGAGAGGAUUCUCGAUAAAAGGUAA